AAAAAAAGACAAACCGGCCGUCGGAGUCGAAGUACAGAGAGUGGAGAGUGAGAGAGAAUCUGAUGCGCUGAGGAGAGAAAUUAGGGUUUCGUACGCAGCGAUCGAUCGAUUGAGAGCGCUCGAUCUCGAUUCGGGAAGCUUCGAUCUCUCGGAAUUGGUCUGGAUCAUGGCGGCUGGUUCUAGGCUCGGGGAUCGAUUGAAGCGAUUGGAUCUCGGGCUCUGACGUUGGCUUUUGGAAUCGAGAGGGCCCAGUCUCAUUCUUUUCUUAGAUAUAAGUCGGUUGGGCAAUGGAAGUUGUUAAUGAAGUUGAGGUAGAGCUUAGUAAUGGGGUUUCGGCGGAAGAUCCAGUGGCGGUUGAACUGAAUUCAAAUGUUAAUAAGGAGAACGAGGUUGUUGAGAUCACCAGUGAUGCCUUACAAGUGAACAGUGGUGUGCUCGAAGACCCACCAUUGACAGCUGAAGGUCAUACUUCUUCUGGAGUUGCGAAUGAAGGCACUGCCUCUGCUCUCGAAAGCAAGGCUUCAACUGUUCUAAAAAAAAGUGGAGCGUCAAAGGCACAAAAAGAUACGGGGGCUCGAAAUGGGGUGGCUGCUGGGCUUAAGAAAAACCCAAGGGCAGGGCUUUCCCAAAGCCUUUCUUUCCCCGCUAAGGGUUCUCUUUCUAGUGCUUUGAGGAAGAGCCCAGCAAUUGUUAAGCAGGCAAAAGGAGAUACCAAGACGUCCGAUGGGUCAGAGACUAUCAACGGUGGCGCUAUCGCUAAGAAGACUGUUACAGAAAGAAAGUCAAUGCCUGUGAAGUCUGGAUCAGUGGAUCAUGGUGCUCAUUCUGAAUCUAUCAAGUCCAAUAAUGGUGAUGUGAAGUCCUUGAAGCCCUUGAAACAAACAUUGCCAGCAAAAAAUGAUGAUGAUGCCAAUUCCACUACCUCAAGUACAACCCCACGUACGAUGGCUCACAGGAAGAGUACUGGUUCUGUUUUUUCCUUCAGACUAGAUGAGCGUGCUGAGAAACGUAAGGAGUUCUUCUCGAAGCUAGAAGAGAAGAUCCAUGCUAAGGAAUUGGAAAAGACCAACUUGCAGGAAAAAUCUAAGGAGAGUCAAGAAGCGGAAAUCAGAAAGUUUAGGAAGAGCCUGACAUUUAAAGCUACACCGAUGCCAAGUUUCUACCAAGAACCUGGUCCUCCGAUGGUUGAGUUGAAGAAGAUUCCUACUACACGUGCAAGAUCACCGAAGCUAGGACGCCAUAAACCAUCCACCACUAUUGCAAACAAUUCUUCAGAAGAUAGCAUCUCAUCUUUCACCGCAAACCCUAAAAAGUCAAAUGAAGGUGCAGCAAAUGCUAAUGGUAGCUCGAUAGCUUCAAAGAAACCCUCCGAGAAGUCACUCUCAAAGCUACCAUCCCAGAAAUUAAAAACUGCAAAGCCCGAGGCAAGACCCCUUGGUUCAAAAGCUAAAGUGUCGAACCAAAAGCAAAAGACCAUUAAACCUAAAGUAGAUGAGAGCAACAACGUUACUAAGGAUGAAGCAGAUUCUUCUGAUAAAGCAAUGGAAGCAAAUGAGAUUAUGACGAACUCUGCAGGUUCUGGUGUUGCACAAAAUGAAGUAAUUGUUGCUCCCAAUGGAGAGAUUGAGGUUCCUGUUAAAGAUUGAAGGAUUGGGAUUUGAGUCUCUUUGUGUAUCAGUAUUGGCAACAUUUGUGAAUAGGAUGUGGUGUGUGCGUCUCAGGAUUUUAUUGAUUCUUCAGUCAUGCAUGACAUUGUUCUUGAGGUAGAUAAGUUCAUCUCUCUUGUGUUUUCUUUUCUUUUUCUUUUUUUGUGGAUCUUAUUCAGUAUUCAAUGUAAAUUGUAUGUUUUGCUUAAGGUACUUUUCUGUCCAUUAA